AAAUCUAAAAUAAUGGUUUUGUGUAACGUGAAAUGUUUAGAAAGAAUUUCAAAUUACUUAGAUAUUUCUCCCUUACCAAUGAAAAUCAACGAAAAUGAGCUUGUUACCGAAGGAUUUAGUACUAUGAUACAACAUUUAGUUGAAAUUUCAAAAUAUCCUGAUAUACUUGGAACUGAUAAUGAAAUGAAAGCAUUAUCCCGUCAGUGGUUGGAAUAUGCAGUUGUUUGUGUUAAUUUUGCUGAUAUUUCCACUAUUGUGAAAAGAGUUUUGCAAGAAUUAAAUUCUGCACUAAUGUGUAACACGUACUUAACUGGUUCAAAGAAAACCAUAGCUGAUAUCACAUUAUAUUAUAUUUUAUAUUCAAUAAUGCGAGAAUUAACGCUUCCAGAAAAGGCUCAAUAUGUGAAUGUGUCAAGAUGGUUUGAUAAUAUGCAACAAGAGGAAAAAUUAAGACAAGAAUUAGAUUUAAUUUCUUUUGAUAUGUUACAU